CAGUCAAGUCACUGGUCAAUUGUCAAUUAUUCUGCAAAAUAUAUGGUUAUGUUAUUGUUGUUCACAUCGUAUCAUGUUUACAAUUUUUAGGCGAAAGAUACCUGAAAACAUUUUCAGGUUUAUCCUGAACCAAAACUUGAAGAAAAAUUAUACAAUUAGCAGUUUUCCACCUAACAUUUCUUCUUUAAUUCCCAUCAAUGUUCAAUAUAACCUACAAACUGUCCGGUACAAAAGCAAGAAAAGUCAAAAACAGCCUCCAAAACCCACUGUAUCGGACACAGAAACGGAAAAGGAGAACACCUUUGAAGACCAAGUCGUCGAUAAAAAUACGAAAAUCAUGCAAAUCCACGUUAAAUCCUUACGMAUAGACGGAGUCUUAAAAUCAGGCCUUGGUAUCGCAAGAAAUAAAAUAGAAACGCUUUUUUAUGAAAGUAAAAUACGGGUUAACGGCCAAAAAUUACUCAAGAAGAGUGAAUCAGCUCAGGAAGGUGACGAAAUAGACAUCAUCAAAGGGCCAAGCCCCACAAACCCCGAUUUUCUAAAUGUGGCAAGAAUCGAGAUUUUAGGAAUCACAGAAAGUAAUCCCGAGGACAUCACUUUAAAAAUUCGUCGAUGCAAAAACUUAACUGUAGAGAACUAUGACGAUAAAUAAGGUUUUGUUGUUACGUAAUUGUAAAUAAAACAUUGUUUUUCCCUUAA